AUGAGAAAGUAUCAUAGGGGGCAAUACAACGAUAUUCCCUUCGUGGACGAGAUUGUUGAUGCACCCUUUUCAAAGAAUCUGAAUUUAUCAGAGCUUCUCAAGUAUGACGGAACACAGGAUCCUCAAGCGCACUUGGAUUCCUUUGACACAGCCAUAUUCAAAAUUGCAGCUUUGCAGGUUCUGGGGUUGUCUGAAAAAGUUCAUUUGCACCUGAUAAUAGCAGGGUUGCAUGGCUCUUCUAGGUUAGCCAAAUCCAUAUACAAAGACCCAUCACGGACUUUGGUAGAGUUCACAGCGCGGUCAAAGAAGUAUUUGGAGCUCGAGCAGAUGGAAAUCGAGAAUAUGGAUCAGAAGCACGAUCCUAACCAAAUAGAAAAACCCGAAAGUCGGAGGCAAAAUGACUUCCGGGGUAAAACACAAGAUGACAAAAUUCCAGCUAGGGGAAGAUUUGAGACGAACGCACCCUUAAAUUCACCCAGGUCGGAAAUCUGGAGGGAAGUGGCCUCCAUGGAGAUGAAGAAGGUAGAUAGACCCCAUCCUUUGCUGAACCAGGUCGGGUUAGACCAAUCUUGGUAUUGUGCAUUUCAUGAUGGACCUGGUCACACUACUGAUGAAUGCUGGGAUUUGAGAGAUGCGAUUGAAAAGUACAUCAGAGACGAAAAGCUGCGUCAAUAUCUGAUCAGGACUCAAGGAUGGAAGAACAACAGGAAAAGAAGAGGAGACCGGCCUAUGAGCCCGUCAAAAGAAAAAAGAUUCAAAGAGGAGGGCCGAGGUAAGAAGCUGGACAAAGAAGAGGAUGAAUUUGUGGAGUCGGAGUUUGAAUGGAACGUGAUCAAUGAGGCUUUUGGUGGGGGAGGCGACACCAUGAAUGCCAGAAGAAAAUAUCUCAGAGAGUUGUUUUCGAUACGAGAGCGACCUAAGUUUAAAGAAGCCGAACCGGAGCCGCCACUAUUAUAUUUUACUAGGAAAGACUUGGAGGACGUGAUGCCAGGACACGUGGAUGGGUUAGUCAUCACGGGAACGCUAGUCAACUGCCGAGUCAAGAAGAUAUUUGUAGACAACGGCAGUUGUGGGCGUUCAAAAAAAUGA